AUGCAGUCGGACGGAAAGGACAAGAGCGCAAACCCCAUGCGCGAGCUGCGCAUCCAGAAGCUCGUGCUCAACAUCAGUGUCGGAGAGUCUGGUGAUAGACUCACCCGUGCUGCUAAGGUGCUUGAGCAGCUGAGCGGUCAGACUCCGGUCUACAGCAAGGCCCGUUACACCGUCCGUACCUUCGGUAUCCGUCGUAACGAAAAGAUUGCUGUCCACGUCACCGUCCGUGGCCCCAAGGCUGAGGAGAUCCUCGAGCGUGGCCUCAAGGUCAAGGAGUACGAGCUCCGCAAGCGCAACUUCUCCGAGACCGGCAACUUCGGCUUCGGUAUCAGCGAGCACAUCGAUCUUGGUAUCAAGUACGACCCCGGCAUUGGUAUCUACGGCAUGGACUUCUACUGCUGCAUGACUCGCCCCGGUGAGCGUGUUGCCAAGCGUCGCCGCUGCAAGGCCCGCAUUGGUACCCAGCACCGCAUCAACCAGAACGAGACCAUCAAGUGGUUCAAGAACCGCUUCGACGGUAUCGUCCGGUAAAUGCGCUUUUUUUCAUUGACGGGGUUGUCAAAUGGGGGAAAGCCUUCGGCUUGUGAUUACGAUGAAUCGAUUAAAAACGGCAGACCGGCGUUCUGCUUCGAAAAUGCUCUCUACCACGACAUGAGGAAUAGGCGUGUUAGAUAUCAAAUUAUCAAAUUUCCACAAUGCAUCCACUUUUCACAAUGAAGGCUUCACAAAGGGUGAUGAUUUCCGCAUAACCAUUGAUGAAAAGUUUGACAUGAUGCUCCCCAUGCAACUUCCCUUACCCGGUGUUGCAUGGGAUUUUUUUCUGGCC